CCCACUCCCCCUCCGCUCGGCCCCACCUGCGUGAGUCCACACCGCUGCUGAUGGUGAUUUCACCGACACGGGAUCUGUUGGCUCCAGGCUUGAAGCGCCACAUCCAGCGGCUGCACUGCGCUGUGUUGGCGAGCAGUUUAGCGCCUCUCUUCCUGCGGGCACAUCUCCUGCAUCCUCUGCCGGGGUUUGUUCGGGCAGCUGUGUGGCUGGGGGGAAAAAAAGGGGGGGGAGAGGAAGACGGGAGGGAUGCGCGCAUGGUCCUUGAACGCCACACAGAAGUUGAUUAGAAGAGGACCCUCCUGUUGAUCCAGCUCCUUCUUCCUUUCUUCCUUUCUACCAAGCACAUUUUAAGGGAGUAUCACAGGUGCGCACCUCUCAACUCUAUAUGGCAAAGUUCCUGGCUGAACUACUGGGAUGCACACUUCCAGACAAGGGCGCUCCGCCUUUGUUCGAGUGUCGGAGCCAGCCCCAUCUUGGACUGAGGCCUUCCUCCAAACAGCGGCCAACCAUUUUUGGGACCUUUACCAAUGAGAGAGCACUGUUUGACAACAGACCGGACAACAUGCCUCAGACACCACCCUUCACGGGGCAGCUGAACACCAGCGGCUACAACAAGAACCUGUACCAGACCAAGGAGGAGGGCUACCCGGGCCUCUUUUAUCAUGACAACAACCUGGUGUCUGGGUCCCUGGAGGCCCUUAUUCAUCACUUGCUCCCAACUGUUGACUAUUAUCCAGAUAGGACGUACAUCUUCACCUUCCUGCUCAGCUCCCGCCUCUUCAUCCACCCAUACGAGCUCAUGUCGAAGGUGUGCCACCUGUGCAUGGAGCAACAGCGACUCGGCGAUCCCCAGGCUGAUAAGCUGAGAGUCAGGAAGAUUGCUCCCAAGAUCGUGCAGCUGCUGACAGAGUGGACGGAAACCUUCCCCUAUGACUUUAGAGACGAGAGGAUGAUGCGGAGCCUGAAGGAGCUGACCCACCGGCUGGCCAGUGGAGACGAGGUUUACAGGAAGGCGGUCAGCCAGAUGAGUCAGGGCCUGAUCAGGAGGUUGACGGUGCUCAGCCAGUACGAGGAGGCACUGGUCAAGAUCAACGCCACGGCAGCCGAGCGACUGACGGCUCUUAAGGCGAAGCCCCAGGCAUCCAUCCAGAGGGACAUGCUGUCCAUCUGCAACGACCCAUUUACUGUCGCCCAACAGCUCACACACAUAGAACUGGAGAGACUGAGUUACAUCGGUCCUGAAGAAUUCGUCCAGGCUUUCGUCCGGAAAGACCCUCUGGACAACGAUAAGAGCUGCUUCAGUGAUCACAAGAAGGCCAGCAACCUGGAAGCUUACGUCGAAUGGUUCAACAGACUCAGUUAUCUGGUGGCUACAGAAAUCUGCAUGCCUGUGAAGAAGAAGCACCGAGCUCGGGUCAUCGAGUUCUUCAUCGACGUGGCACGCGAAUGCUUCAACAUAGGCAACUUUAACUCCCUCAUGGCCAUCAUAUCUGGGAUGAACAUGAGUCCCGUGUCCCGGCUCAAGAAAACCUGGAGCAAAGUCAAGACGGCCAAGUUCGACAUCUUGGAACACCAGAUGGAUCCUUCCAGCAAUUUCUACAACUACAGAACAGCGCUGAGAGGAGCCACGCAGAGAUCGAUCACUGCCAACAGCAGCAGGGAGAAGAUUGUCAUCCCUUUCUUCAGCCUGCUCAUAAAAGACAUCUAUUUCCUCAACGAGGGGUGUGCCAACAGGCUGCAGAAUGGGCACAUCAACUUUGAGAAAUUCUGGGAACUGGCCAAACAAGUGAGCGAGUUCAUGACCUGGAAGAAAGUGGAGUGUCCGUUUGAGAAGGAUCGCAAGAUCCUCCAGUACCUGCUGACGGCUCCAGCAUUCAAUGAAGAUGCGUUAUAUCUGGCUUCAUACGAGAGCGAAGGCCCUGAGAACAACAUGGAGAAGGACAGAUGGAAGUCUCUGAGAUCCACUCUGCUAAGCAGGGUCUAAACUUCUAAACGGAAGAAAAUCCAGAAUGAUGGCAAACCUGACAAGCGAGCCGUGCCCUGCAGACGCCGCUGCUGUCCUAACAAAGUAUCCCCAUGUUGGAAGGGAAACGACAAUCUCUACUUUGGCUGGCGAGGAUCUUUUGUGUUCCCCCCAGCUUCAGAUUUCUAUUAAGCUCUGCUUUUCCUUACCCUCUUGCUCUUUGUGCUGUAUAUUUCAGGACAGCUGUUUUUUUCAUCUCUUUGUAUGACUUUGUAGUCUUUUUCUAAAAGAAAAAAAAAAGAGAGCGAUAUGCUACGAACCCCCAAAGUCAAAGCCAAGGUGCUUUUUCUUGUGUGAAGCAUUUCGCCCCGAUAAACCUUCUGUGAGCGUUAAUGGAGUCGUUGGGGUUGUUUGUUCCCCCCGCUAGUUUUCAACAAGGUUUUUUUUUUUUCCACUGAAGCUACAACGUUAGCCGCUGGUUGGCUAACUAAACAGAAACGCUACUCUGCUGGUUCCGUAAGCCUGCGCUUAGUAUGGAGAACUCGAACCUAUCCCGCAACACUGUCGUUUAUCAUUAAGCUAGCCAUCGUUCGUAGUUUGGUCUCUUUUCCUUUUGUAUGAUACCCGAGUGUGUGUGUCUCACUUCAUGUUUUUUGACGGUUUUGUCAUUUGUGACGCUUGAGGAAAAAAAAAGAAUGCACUGGCUGCAAUUUAAAGAAGAUGUAACUGAGUUUUUGUUUGUUUGUGUUGUAUAGAGUUUUUUGUGAUUUUCUUCAGCAGGAAGCGACACUUCGCUGUUGUUUAUCUUUGACACACUCCAGGCCUCAGCAUGCUUUGGAUGAAUUAAGGCAUCAUUAAACUUGAACCAUAGUGUUUCUUGUGCGGUUGAACAGCAUCUGAAAUCAUCGUUUUCCCACAUCUCUAUGAUGAAGGGGUUGGGGUUUAAAAAGCCGCUGGACGCUCCGACAGAACACUUCAUGUGACGCAUACCGAGGCCUUCAGCAGUGAGCUUAAAUGGAAGGUGUGAUGAUAGUGUCUUUCCUGUUGUUCCUGAUAAUCAGUGUUAAAAUAGCGCUUUGCUGCUAAGAUAAGACAGGCGGCGGGCUACUAUCCAUACGCUCUUCCUCUGUUCCCGCUCUCGUGUAGACAGUGAGUGUGGUUGUGCUGCCCCCUGGUGGUUCAGUUAGACAAAAGUGAAUGGAUUUUGUGUCAUUGAAUAAUGUGAACUGAGGCUUUCUGUUUGAACCCUACACACGAUAAAAAUAAUAUCCUCUCUAUGUUUUUAUUUUUCAUAUUAUUAAAAAAAGUAAAGUUUAAUCCAUAUUUGUUUUAUUUAUAAAGAUGUUUGUGUAGUCACAUUAUGUCCUCAUGCCAAUAUUUACCAUUAUUUUAUUGUUAUUUAAUUUUGUACCAGGUACAUAACAUGCUUAAGUAGUCCUCAGAUAUUGGCUUAACUAUGUUUCUUUUGUUGUUUUUUUUACACAAGUUUGUAUGACACUUAUUUUCCAAGGUACCAGCUCAGAGUAUGACGUUGAAUCUGUUUGACUGAUGUGUGCUUUGCCUUGACUGCUCCUCCCUCGACACUGAGUGCUGUUGUGGGUUAUUGUGUACAUACUGUGUUUCUUUUUUUCCUCCAUGUGUUCACUCAUUUGUAUUUGGAACGUUAAAAUGGAAUAGAGGAACCAUUUAUAAAUCAGUUAGUAGUGUUUUAAAAAAGAGAGAGUUAAUAAAAGAAUGUUUAAAAAUA